CUUCCUUUUUUUAGGCUUACAGUUAAGCAUGAGUCUUCUUAUGAUUAGUGAGAAUGUAAAAUUGGCUCGUGAAUAUGCGUUGCUGGGAAACUAUGACUCUGCAAUGGUCUAUUAUCAGGGAGUUCUUGACCAAAUGAGCAAGUAUCUGUACUCUGUCAAAGAUACAUACCUCCAACAGAAAUGGCAACAGGUUUGGCAGGAAAUAAAUGUGGAAGCUAAACAUGUUAAGGAUAUCAUGAAAACGCUAGAGAGCUUUAAACUAGACAGCACUCCCUUGAAAGCUGCACAACAUGAACUUCCAGCUUCUGAGGGAGAAGUCUGGUCCAUGCCUGUACCUGUUGAACGAAGACCCUCACCAGGACCUAGAAAACGCCAGUCUUCUCAGUACAGUGACUCUAAACCACAUGGUAACCGUCCAAGUACAACUGUCAGAGUUCACCGUUCAUCUGCACAAAAUCUUCACAAUGACAGAGGGAAAGCUGUUCGUUGUCGUGAAAAGAAAGAACAGAAUAAAGGAAGAGAGGAAAAGAACAAAUCACCUGCUGCAGUUACAGAACCAGAGACAAGUAAAUUUGAUAGUACUGGCUAUGACAAGGACUUAGUAGAAGCUUUGGAAAGAGAUAUAAUUUCCCAGAAUCCCAAUGUUCGAUGGGAUGACAUCGCUGAUUUAGUAGAAGCCAAAAAGUUGCUUAAGGAAGCUGUGGUGUUACCAAUGUGGAUGCCUGAAUUCUUUAAGGGCAUUAGGAGACCAUGGAAAGGAGUAUUGAUGGUUGGCCCACCUGGCACAGGAAAAACCCUGCUUGCCAAAGCAGUCGCUACAGAAUGCAAGACAACAUUCUUCAAUGUCUCUUCAUCAACUCUGACUUCCAAAUACAGAGGAGAGUCUGAGAAGCUUGUUCGUCUUCUGUUUGAAAUGGCUCGAUUUUAUUCUCCAGCCACCAUAUUUAUUGAUGAGAUAGAUUCCAUUUGUAGUCGCAGAGGGACUUCUGAAGAGCACGAAGCAAGCAGAAGGGUGAAAGCGGAGCUGCUGGUUCAAAUGGAUGGUGUUGGAGGUGCUUCUGAAAAUGAUGACCCUUCCAAAAUGGUUAUGGUUCUGGCAGCUACUAAUUUUCCCUGGGAUAUAGAUGAGGCUUUAAGACGACGCCUUGAGAAACGAAUUUAUAUUCCUUUACCAUCAGCAAAAGGCAGGGAGGAGCUAUUACGAAUAAGCCUUCGUGAACUGGAAUUGGCUGAUGAUGUUGACCUUGCAAGUAUAGCAGAAAACAUGGAAGGUUAUUCGGGUGCGGACAUUACCAACGUGUGCAGGGACGCCUCCUUGAUGGCAAUGAGAAGGCGUAUUGAAGGUUUGACCCCAGAAGAAAUCCGAAAUCUUUCAAAAGAAGAAAUGCACAUGCCUACAACUAUGGAGGAUUUCGAAAUGGCUUUAAAAAAGGUUUCUAAGUCAGUAUCUGCUGCAGACAUUGAAAGAUAUGAGAAAUGGAUAUUUGAGUUUGGAUCAUGCUAAAUUCUCACAUGUAAACUGUGAGGAAUCAGCCUUAAGUGUUUGAAUAGUAAUUAAAUGUAGUAAUUCAUUGCACUGAGUGCUAUAUUUUUUUAAACUUUCAUAAUGGUAAGAUUUUUUAAAACCCUUGUGAUUCUGAAUAAAGCCAAUAUUUUUAAGCUGAAA